AUGGCUGUUAAGCAAAACAACACCGAAGCGAAUGGCUCAUCAGCGGAUGCUAAUCAAGUGAAUGGAACCGGUGUCAAGUCCACCGGGACAAUAACAAAAUCGAAAAAGAUGAAUACGAAUGGCACGAACAGCGAUGGCGGCGGGGGAGGUGGCCUUAACCCAUCCGGUUUGGGUGUAACGAGUAAUGCCGAAUUGCCCGGCUGUAGCGGCAACACAGGCGCCUUUGCCAAAACCAAAAAACUCAAUGCCUCGGCAUCGGCCAAUGUAGGUGGUGCUGCCGGUAAUGCGGCACCCAUGGUGUCCCAUCAACCCACCACGGAUAUUGUCCAAAUUUUACAGCUGAUCGAAUUGGUCGAAAAGAAGCAGCAGGAAAUCGAUUUGAGCAAGACAAUGAUGGAAAUUUACCGUCAUUUGAUAUUGAAAUUGGCCCGGGUGCAGAUACCACGACAAUCGGCCGAGGAUUUGAAACGUUUCAAGGAGGACAUUGCCAAGGUGGGAGCAUUUUUUGCCAAAAACAAUGAAAAGGUGAUCUACUAUCACACCUUCUUGCCACUCGUCAGCAAGCUGAUAACCAUGAGUGAUGGCGGCGAACAGCCAUCAUGUGCUUUGGCCGUGAUAUUUCAACUCUUCAGCACCGACAUGAUAUUUGAGGCUGUACAAACGUUGCUCGAUGACGAUGUACCCGAUCAGAGUAUACGCAAAACGGUGGGAUUGCUCUGUGAAUGGUUGCGUAUUUGUAAUUUUUGUCAAAAUUUAAAUAUUUGGAUAAUGGCCAUAUUGAAUGGUCUGCAAAAGCAACACAAAACCACAUUAGUCGAUCAGAUAGCUUUGGAGAAUAUUGAUCAUUUGUUUUCGUCGUUGAUGGUACCCGUGCUACGGCCCAAGGUGGCACCCAUUGUAUUCCAUAUGUUGUCUACGGAUCAAACACCUGAGGUGUUCCAUAAGAUAAUACCUCGCUUUGCCCGUGUCAUUACAAUGCUGAAACAGCAAUCCAAUAGUUCCGAAGAAUAUGCCGAAAGCACCAAAGCAAUAUUAAAACAAUUGGUGGAUAGAACAAGUGCUUUAAUGGUACGAUUUUACCGUUACGAUGAUAAGUACGAAUCCAUUGAAAUGGCCCUGAAAGAUUUCCAACCAUCCAGUAACUAUUUAAGCUAUGCCUAUGGCAACAAAACCUUUGAUUCGACGGGAGUGGACAACUACACAAAUCAAGGCAAUGCCAAAGUGGGUUUGGUUAAUUUGGGUAAUACCUGCUAUAUGAAUAGUGUUCUACAGGCAUUGGCCAUGACCAAGGAAUUUACACGUGAAAUCCUUUUAUCCGAAUCCAAAUCGCCGUUACUAAUUAAAAUGCAACAACAAAUAGCAUUAAUGCUCUAUUCCACCCGCCAAGAAUUGACACCCUCCAAAGUGUUGAAUGCCACAAGGCCACCUGGUUUCUCACCUGGACUUCAACAGGACAGUUCCGAGUUUUUGGGUUACCUUUUGGAAACCUUGCAUGAACAGGAAAUGGCUUUUUUCAAGAUGGCCAAUAAAAACACGGGGUACAUCUCACCAGAUGAUGCACGGGGAGCAUCAGCUUUGUGUAAAUCCAAUGACAAUGGCGAUGCUGAUGGUGGCAUUGGUGAUGAUGAGGAUUUAGAUGAUGAUGACGAAGAACUUAAAGAGGCUGGCGAACAACAAAAGUCAAUAAAUAUCCAAAACUCAACCACCGUCAACAUGAAUUCCCAAUGCACACAAAAAACAACAACGACAUCAUCAACAUCCACACCUAAAGACAAUACUUUAAAUCAUUCAUCUUCAAAACAUCUAUCGCAAGCAGUCGCCGCCGCAGCCAAAACCGUAACAACUGCAACCUCCUCCUCCUCUACUACUACAUAUUCGACAAUCGAAAAGACAUUCACAGGCAAACUGGCCACCACCUAUAAAUGUUUAACAUGCGGCUGGAAGAGUUGUAACAUUGAUAGUUUUCGUGAUUUGCAGUUGUCAUUUCCCGAUGUUAAAAAUGAUUGUGCUUCCAAUUACUCGGUACAGGACCUCAUCGAAUACUAUUGUUCGUCGGAAAAACUCUAUGGCGAUAAUCAGUAUUUUUGUGAACGCUGUAAGAAGCUGUCGGAUGCUGAACGUUAUAUAAAUGUUAUAAGUGCGCCAAAGAAUCUAAUAUUGACACUGAAACAUUUUAAAUAUGAUCAAAAAUAUCAUAUGCGUGCCAAAUUGAUGCAUAAAGUAUUUCACGAUGAAAAGGUCUCCCUUAAAGUGUGCUCCCCCCAAACCCUUGAAGAAAUCGCCACCGUACACUAUGACAUCUAUGCUGGGGUUGUGCAUUCCGGUUUCAGCAUGGACUCGGGACACUAUUACACCUAUGCAGCGGAUGCUACAAAUAAAUGGUAUAAAUUCAACGAUAGCAUUGUAACGCCCUCUCGAACCGAAGAAUUGCACAAUUUAACACCACCCAAUACCCCCUAUAUAUUGUUCUAUCAGAUGGGAGCGCGAUCGAAUGAAACACCCGAAACCUCAGCAUCGACAAAAGUCAUUAAAGUGGAUGUACCCUCACCGCUGACCCUAGAAGAAUUGCCGAGAGAUCUGAGGGAAAUGGUUAACCAUGAUAAUUAUGCAUUCGCCGAGGAGAUGAAAAUGCGUCGCUUCAAAGCGAAUGCCACAAUGGCGACGGCGGCGGCACAGGGAAUAAAUAAAAAUUCGAAGAAUUCGCGGCGUGACAGUUUCGACGAUGAUGAUGAUGAACAACCACCGCCGGCCAGUGGUUGUGGUGGCAACAGUAUGCUAAAUAAUAUGAAUAGGUUUGUGUAUUGA